AUGCUUACCCUUAUACCCACAGUGAUUGGUAGUGAGGCACCAUACUUCACAGUAGCCACAGUGACUGGUAGUAAGGCACCAUACUUCACAGUACCCACAGUGCCUGGUAGUGCGGCACCAUACUUCACAGUAGCCACAGUGACUGGUAGUGAUGUACCAUACUUCACAGUACCCACAGUGACUGGUAGUGAUGUACCAUACUUCACAGUACCCACAGUGACUGGUAGUGAGGCACCAUACUUCACAGUAGCCACAGUGACUGGUAGUGGUGUACCAUACUUCACAGUACCCACAGUGACUGGUAGUGAUGUACCAUACUUCACAGUACCCACAGUGACUGGUAGUGAUGUACCAUACUUCACAGUACCCACAGUGCCUGGUAGUGAGGCACCAUACUUCACAGUACCCACAGUGACUGGUAGUGAUGCACCAUACUUCACAGUACCCACAGUGACUGGUAGUGAUGUACGAUACUUCACAGUACCCACAGUGACUGGUAGUGAUGUACGAUACUUCACAGUACCCACAGUGACUGGUAGUGAGGCACCAUACUUCACAGUACCCACAGUGACUGGUAGUGAGGCACCAUACUUCACAGUAGCCACAGUGACUGGUAGUGCGGCACCAUACUUCACAGUAGCCACAGUGACUGGUAGUGCGGCACCAUACUUCACAGUAGCCACAGUGACUGGUAGUGAUGUACCAUACUUCACAGUACCCACAGUGCCUGGUAGUGCGGCACCAUACUUCACAGUAGCCACAGUGACUGGUAGUGAUGUACCAUACUUCACAGUACCCACAGUGACUGGUAGUGCGGCACCAUACUUCACAGUACCCACAGUGACUGGUAGUGAUGUACCAUACUUCACAGUACCCACAGUGCCUGGUAGUGCGGCACCAUACUUCACAGUAGACACAGUGACUGGUAGUGAUGUACCAUACUUCACAGUACCCACUGUGACUGGUAGUGAUGCACCAUACUUCACAGUACCUACAGUGACUGGUAGUGCGGCACCAUACUUCACAGUACCUACAGUGACUGGUAGUGCGGCACCAUACUUCACAGUACCUACAGUGACUGGUAGUGCGGCACCAUACUUCACAGUACCUACAGUGACUGGUAGUGCGGCACCAUACUUCACAGUACCCACAGAGACUGGUAGUGAUGUACCAUACUUCACAGUACCCACAGUGACUGGUAGUGCGGCACCAUACUUCACAGUACCCACAGUGACUGGUAGUGAUGCACCAUACUUCACAGUACCCACAGUGGCUGGUAGUGAUGCACCAUACUUCACAGUACCCACAGAGACUGGUAGUGAUGCACCAUACUUCACAGUAGCCACAGUGACUGGUAGUGAUGUACGAUACUUCACAGUACCCACAGUGACUGGUAGUGAUGUACCAUACUUCACAGUACCUACAGUGACUGGUAGUGCGGCACCAUACUUCACAGUACCCACAGAGACUGGUAGUGAUGUACCAUACUUCACAGUACCCACAGUGACUGGUAGUGCGGCACCAUACUUCACAGUACCCACAGUGACUGGUAGUGAUGCACCAUACUUCACAGUAGCCACAGUGACUGGUAGUGCGGCACCAUACUUCACAGUAGCCACAGUGACUGGUAGUGCGGCACCAUACUUCACAGUACCCACAGUGACUGGUAGUGCGGCACCAUACUUCACAGUAGCCACAGUGACUGGUAGUGCGGCACCAUACUUCACAGUAGCCACAGUGACUGGUAGUGCGGCACCAUACUUCACAGUAGCCACAGUGACUGGUAGUGCGGCACCAUACUUCACAGUACCCACAGAGACUGGUAGUGCGGCACCAUACUUCACAGUACCCACAGUGCCUGGUAGUGCGGCACCAUACUUCACAGUAGCCACAGUGACUGGUAGUGAUGUACCAUACUUCACAGUACCCACAGUGACUGGUAGUGCGGCACCAUACUUCACAGUACCUACAGUGACUGGUAGUGCGGCACCAUACUUCACAGUACCUACAGUGACUGGUAGUGAGGCACCAUACUUCACAGUACCCACAGUGACUGGUAGUGAGGCACCAUACUUCACAGUACCCACAGAGACUGGUAGUGAUGUACCAUACUUCACAGUAGCCACAGUGACUGGUAGUGAUGCCACAUAA